CAGUAGGUAUCAUAGUUGCAGAAAGCCGCUUCCUGUGAUCAUGCAGCGCCUUCAGCGCCCUCCAAAUGGCACCUGGUGAUGCCAGACUUGUUGCCGGAGCUGCAGCGCCGAUCCUCACAGGAGGAUCUGCGGCAUCACAGCAUGUCACAGGCCGAACACCUGGCGUUCUUGAAGCGGUCCUUGGCAAGAGCACGCAUACAGAACAUUGAGCUGGAGAGUCUUCGCCAGCAGGAAGAGAGGGAACUCGCCGAGGCCUAUGCUCAACGGCAUCAGCAGCAGGCGGAGGAGCGCCGCGCGGAGCGACGACGAAACCUGGCGCGCUUGAAGGCCAUGGCCAAGCCCAUUGAUCCUCCUACGUUGCUGGUGGAGCAGGACCCUGGGGCCUCGAUGCUAUUGCAGCAGCGGCCAUCACUGCGGCAGCGCUUGCGUCUCGUGCUCACUCCCAGGUCACCUCGGAUGCACUCGAGCAGCUCCCGGUCGUUAUCGCCCAGGAAGCCUCCAGUAUUCAGAACCCCCAGGAGGCCCAAGAAGCCUCCAGUGGAGGUUCCAUCAGCGCUGGAGCCACAGAUGCCUCGAAAGGAGUUGCUCCGAGCGACGCAGCAUCAGCUGCUGAAGUCGUGUGGCCUGGUCAUCUACAAGCAACAAAUGAAGGAUCACUUCAAGAGGAUUGUGGAAGCUGUCGAGGUUGAUGCGAACGCCAGUGCUGGUCAGCAGAAGUCUGCGAUGUCCAACUUGGCGCGGCCAGUGCUCUCAGAGGACCGAAGCAAGCGACACUGAGGGGCGGACACGGCUCAGCCUACGACACGGCGGUCUGGCCGCAUGGCGGACGGCGCUGGAAGUUCGCAUUUUUUUUGGAGAUCAUUGAAUGGUAUUGAACUAAAUGUUGGGAUCAUGAAUCAUGCC